AUGGAUUUUAGCAGUCUCAAGGAGCAGGUUAGCAACCUGACCUUGUACGAUAUCAAGGCCGGUGUACGCAAAGUUCAGAAUGCUGUCAUGAAUUAUACAGAAAUGGAGGCCAAGGUCCGAGAAGCUACCAACAAUGAACCGUGGGGCGCAUCCUCGACGUUGAUGCAGGAGAUUGCGAGUGGUACACAUAACUACCAUCUCCUCAACGAAAUUAUGCCUAUGAUCUAUAAGCGAUUCACAGAGAAGACGGCGGAGGAGUGGAGACAAAUAUACAAGGCAUUGCAACUCCUCGAAUUCCUUAUCAAGAACGGCUCCGAACGCGUCGUCGACGAUGCUCGAUCUCACUUGUCCCUAAUACGAAUGCUUCGCCAAUUCCACUACAUUGAUAACAAUGGCAAGGAUCAAGGUAUCAACGUACGCAACCGAUCUCAAGAGCUGGUCAAAUUGCUAGGCGAUGUAGAUGCCAUCCGCUCAGAGAGAAAGAAAGCUCGCGCCAAUCGUAACAAAUUCGGCGGCAUGGAGGGAACUGGCGGUGGAUUCGCGAGCGGUGUUGGCAGCGGUGGCAGAUACGGUGGUUUCGGCAGCGAUUCAUACGGAGGUUACAGUGGAGGCGUGUUUGGAGACGGAGGUGGUUUCGGCGGUGCAAGCGACCCCAGCGAUUUCAGGGAUACUGCCAGAAGAUCUAGUCGGUUCGAGGAAUACGAUGAAGACGAUGAUGAAGUAUCGGCACCUUCUCGCCGAACGGCGGAAUCGAGGACACAGGCUAAAGCAUCACAACCACCGCCAAAGGCGCCUGAAGUUGAUUUAUUUGACUUUGGUGAUGAUGAUGUUGUUGUCUCUACGCCGGCGACGGUACCUUCUUCGACGGCUGCAGGGAAACAGCCAGCCACUGCUGGUGGUCAUGGUAUAGAUAUGCUCGGUGGAACGACCGGUGGAGACGAUGACGAUGAUUUUGAUGAUUUCCAGUCUGCAUCACCACCAGCUGCGCCAACAGUUACCACUUCCGCAAGCACACAGUUUGUUGCACCGAAACCGGUAUCUGCAGCCCAGGGUGCCGAUCUCACGGGUCUCGUUGGAUUCACUUCGAACACAACAACACCAACCGGUUCUACGACAGUGUCCCCUCCCCCUCUAUCAACCACAGGCUCGGCAUUCGCAGCACCACUCCAACAGCAACCAAAACCAUCCGGCUACCAAGCCCCAACACCGAACUACUACACUUCCAUAAACGCCGGUCUAAACAACCAAUCCGCAAUGUCUCCCAUAUCAACCCUUGGCAGCAGCGGCAGACCCGGUAUGGGCGGAAGCACAUCAUCCUUCUCAUCACUCACUUCACCAACCUCCACCAUAAAUUCACCUUCAUCCUUAGUGGCAGCAGGUAAAAAGCCAGCAUCAACCGGCGCAAAAUCAUCCGGUGGAGAUGCUUUUGGAUCCCUAUGGAGUACCGCAAGUGCGAGUGCCGGCAUACAGAAGGCCACAGCCACCAAGGGACCUAAUCUCGCUAGUAUGGCGAAGGAAAAGUCUAGUGCUGGUAUUUGGGGUACUACUUCUAACACUACUUCGAAUCAUAAUAACAAUAGCGGAUUUUCGUCCAGGCCGGUGAAUGGAGGUGGCUCAUCUGGUGACUUGCUUGGUUGAUAUUGAUUAUGCUGAAAGCGCGGAGAGUGAGAUUCGGGAAUGUGAGGAGGAUGAUGGUUUAGUAGAUAGAGGUAUUUUUGCCGUUGUUCAUUGCGUUUGAUAUGUUACUUAUAUAGCCUUUAGUCCUUUUUUUCAUUGCUGUUUGUGAUUUUCUUCGUCUUGAUUGAUUGAUUAUAAUGCCAAUUGAUAGUUUGUUAGCCGGUGAAAUUUG